AAUAAAAUUUUCCAUUAAUUAGACGAAAUUUGAACAUUUUCAAAACGAGGAACGACAAAAUCGCAUUACCGCCAUCCUCUCACUCAAAAAAUCAAACAGACAGAGAAGAAGAAAUCUUCGCGCCAUUUUUUCUCAUCCUCAAUCAUUCACAUUCAGUUUUCUUGCUUAGUUUUUUUGUGGUUUGACGCUGGAAAUUUCAAUUUCAACUUCUUCUUUCGAUUUUUCUGUUGCUGAUUUGAAGUUUGAUUGAGCUUUUUUGCCUGGAAAUUUUCAGAUUAAUUAUGGAUUGAAGUCUUGUAAUUGAGUUUGAAAUGAGAUGCAAUGCGUGCUGGCGAGAAUUGGAAGGGCGAGCUAUUACCACUACUUGUGGUCACCUCUUGUGCACUGAAGAUGCAAGCAAGAUUCUUGGUAAUGAUGGAGCAUGUCCAAUAUGUGAUCAAGUGCUCUCUAAGAGCCUUAUGAAACCUGUGGAUAUCAGUCCAAAUGACGAAUGGAUAAAUAUGGCCAUGGCUGGAGUAUCUCCUCAAAUAUUAAUGAAGAGCGCAUAUCGAAGUGUGAUGUUCUACAUUGGGCAAAAGGAGCUGGAGAUGCAGUACAGGAUGAACAGAAUUGUAGCUCAAUGUAGGCAAAAAUGUGAGGCCAUGCAAGAAAAGUUCACAGAAAAACUGGAGCAGGUCCAUACUGCAUAUCAAAAAAUGGCCAAAAGGUGUCAGAUGAUGGAACAGGAGAUUGAGAGCUUGUCCAAGGAUAAGCAAGAGCUCCAAGAAAAAUUUUCCGAGAAGUCCAGGCAAAAGAGGAAGCUCGAUGAGAUGUAUGAUCAAUUGAGGAAUGAGUACGAAUCAAUAAAAAGAGCAGCCAUCCAACCAACCGGCAAUUUCUAUUCAAGAAAUGAGCCUGAUUUUUUCUCUAGCCCAGCUGCUACCAUGAUGGAUAACAGAGACCCUAUCCACAAAGAUUGGUCGGUUUUCAAUCCUCCAACUCCAGGGCCUAGGGAAGAUGUGUGGCCAGCAAGACAGAAAAGUUCUGAUUCUGGUCCAUUUGAAAUUUCUGGUGGCUCACCUGCAAAAAAAGCAGCCAUCCCAGUUGAUGCUGGGAACAGGAGACCUGGUGCUCGCCCUGCUUUCGGAGGUGGACCUGGCAAUACGUCAAUGACAUUAAGAAACUUGAUUCUCUCCCCAAUAAAGCGACCUCAGCUCUCUCGUAGCCGCCCUCAAAUGUUCACGCUAUAGGCUUGAAGUCAAUGUUUUGCAGUUGGAUGGAUCAGUAGUAAGGAUUAAUUUGCACAUAAAAUUCCCAGUUGUUUCUUCUAGUUUCCCUUUUCUCCUUUAGAGAGAACAAGAAAGCAAAAGAUGGUCUAACACUCAAAAAGACAACAUUCUGAUAUUUUGCAAGUUAAAUUUGUUUUCCUCUGUUCGCAUGAGGAAUAUUUGUAUAGGUGAAGCAGUUGCCAGGAAGUAACAUAUAUGUAGAUAUAGUUUUCUGCAAUUACAUUGUGUUGGAUGGUUAGAGGAUUCAUUAAGAGCUUACAAAGCAUCUUGUAAGUGCUGUGAUCAUAAAGUUUGAAACAUUUGCUUCUCAAACGCUUGAGCAUCUCUUAACAAAAACUAUCUCUUAACAAAAACUGUAACGUCUUUGUGUUUGCAAGACGGGGAUUUUACUUGAGAAUUUCUGAAUUGUGGAUAUUCUUGCAAGUUGAGUGGGGAUUAGACUUCUUUAUUUGUUUAACUUGAAGUUCUAUGUAAACCUUUACAGUACAAAUUUCUUAAACCAGAAGAAUGUUCUGGAUUUGUGUUGUUUAUUCAAA